GUACGAACAUUCAAAAGAAGGGCGUGCACAAUAAACCAUGUCGUCUUCAUUCCCUAAACCGUCUGGGCCUGCCCGCAUCAUGGUAUGGAGCACCCCGAGAUCGGUUUCGACGGCGUUUGCGAGGUCGAUGUCAGCCCGAGGUGAUACUGAAGUGUUCUGGGAACCGUACCUGUCAUGCCACUACUUUGGUCCAGAUCGGACCAAGAAUGUCAAGUUUGGUAAAUUGGCAAUAGAUGAUUUGGCCGAUGACAGGUAUACGCAUAGCUACAUCAGUGGUUUACUCAACGCUGAAUACCCUGGUGCCAAUGUCCUUUUCGUCAAGGGCAUGGUGGAAGGCAUCAGAGAUGAUUUCGCUGUCGUCGAACAAGGGUUCAAGCACUCAAUUCUUAUCCGCCAUCCGCAAAAGUCCUUCCGCUCAAUGUACCGUAUGGCAAACAGCGUGUCACCCGACCAUGACGUGGAGGCAUUUAUCGGCAGACACGCAAGCAUAUAUGACGACUUGGAGCGCUUCUACCGUUACGUUGAAACCGAGCUCGACCAGGGACCCCCUCCUAUCAUCGACGCCGACGACCUCGUCAAUCAACCGGAGAAGCUGCUCCCAAAAUACUGCGAAGCCAUGGGCAUCGAGUAUACACCCAAGAUGCUGGAAUGGGAGAGCGUUGAUACAGACCAGCUUAACUGGCACUGCACCGAUGUAGGGGUCAUGGCACAUUCUAAGUUGAAGAACGGUGUGAUCUUGUCUAAUGCAAUGAAGGGGCAAGGUUUUGGCAAGGCACCCGAUGUUACCAAAGAAAUGGAGUUGUCACCCGUUUUUAAAGAGAUAAUUGCAAAUUCUGUACCAGCUUAUGAGAAAUUAUAUGCACUGCGCAUUCAACCUUAGGUUGUUGAUAACACUCUGGCGUUAACUAAUGCCAAUAACAUACGAUGCGUCAUUGGGCUGACGUAAUAAUGCGUUAGCGACUAGCAAAGUCUUUGACGCAUCAUCUAAAGAUGAUAUCGUUUAAUGAGUUAAUGCAGAAAGGAUAGCGCAAAAAAUGUUACUAGUCUAUGGGUUAUUCACAUUCACAUGCAUAUUGAUAAAUGAAAAUGAAAAACAAAGUUGAUAAUGAUAGAAGUCAUUAAUGGCGUACACAUUCCGGCGCUUCAGAAAUGCAUAAUAGGAUGUACAUGUUGGUUGACUUCAGCGACUGCCAGAACGAUCCUUGCAAAUCAUGCAAAUAUGAUAUAAUUCAAAAAGUGAAUGCUAGAUGACAGAAGUGCAAAGGUUGCCUUAGUCACUACAGAGUAUAGGCUAUUUACAUUCAGAGGGUUGAUUAGUACUAUAGUAGCGCACGUAAUAGCGCAACGAAAAAAAGCUCAUCGUUUAUACCUGUGACCGUCAUAUAGGCUAUUAAAAAAACAUUGAUAAUACAACAAGAAUCAUUUAUGGCGUAAUUACGUGAGCGCCCCUGAAAGACGUUAAAGAAAGAAUCGAAUGUAAUAUUGAAAGAAAGAUAUAAUAGAUUAAGGAAAGGGUGUGCGAAUGUGUGUGUUGGGGAGAAGGGUGGAUAUGGUAUAUGACGUGAUCCCUUUGUACCUCUUUACCUGCUACCUGUAGUUCAGUCAUCAAGAGAAGUAACCACAAAAAUGCUACGCCGCAGAAAAUAAGCUCUAUCAAAAUUUACAUCAUCAAUAAUACAAGCCGAAGGUUGCUCAGUGAGUUACUACCAAGAUCUGAUUCAUGAGGUUCAAUUUCCAUUUCAUUUGUCAUGUUUAUCUUUAUUGUGCUGCGCUGUAUUAGACGAUAUAUAUUUUCCUAUUUUGCAUCGUACUAUUACAUGUAUUCCAUAGCUGAUGUGUUCAAUUUGUUUCUAAAUUCAAGAUGCAACGGAAAUUAUAUUUUUUAUUGAUAAACCAUCAAUUCCAAUUUAAAUUUUUAACACAAAAACACGUAAAACUGUUUCAGUAUAUAAUCAACUUAAUGUACAUGUGAUUUUGAAAACUAUUUGAAAUAUCAGAAGCGUUCGAAGGGCUCAUUGUGAUGUGGCAUAAAUAUUUUAGACCUUUUGUUACAUAUGCGUUAGACCAUACCAUUCCUUCCAAAUUUCCUGUCAAUCUUGAAGCUCAUUUUUAUACUCAUCAUUCUGUUUUGAUUUCAAACGUUUUCUUGUAUUACUAAAGCAGUAUCAUCUAUUUGCCUAUGAAUUUAUAUGCGAGAUACUUCACGAUAAUGUUUUUUUUCUUACUGAAAUAAAUAAAAUUAUAUGUGCUUUUUGCUUAUAAAUAUUGUUUAGAAUGACUCUCAUUCGGUGCUUAUCAUCUACUAAUCUGUUAAAGUGGUUACAUGGUACGACAUCGCUGUUUACAUAUGUAUGUUUGUAUGUGUAUACUGGGGUUUUAGAGACGUGUAUUAAUCAGAUAUGAUUAUUUUCGUCUGGGACCGACCUUUAAACGUCACC